AGACCAACACUUGACGGUUAAUAAAUAGCAACAUGUCGAGGCCCAGUAGUGCAGGUUUUGAUAGGCACAUCACUAUCUUUUCGCCGGAAGGACGAUUGUAUCAAGUUGAAUAUGCUUUCAAGGCUAUUAAUCAAGGUGCACUUACAUCAGUUGCAUUGAGAGGCUCAAACACAGCGGUAGUUGUCACGCAGAAGAAAGUCCCUGACAAGCUACAUGAUGCUAGCACCAUUACACACAUGUUCAAAAUAACAGAACACAUAGGUUGUGUCAUGACUGGAAUGAUGGCUGACAGCAAGUCUCAGGUGCAGAGGGCACGCUACGAGGCUGCAAACUGGAAGUACAAGUAUGGUUAUGAGAUUCCGAUGGAUCAGCUCUGCAAGCGAAUCGCCGACAUAUCACAGGUCUCCACACAGAAUGCAGAGAUGCGUCCACUCGGUUGCUGUAUGAUCCUCAUAGCAAUUGAUGAGGAACUUGGUCCUCAAGUGUUCAAGACUGACCCAGCAGGAUACUAUUGUGGAUACAAAGCAACAGCAGCAGGAGUGAAACAGACAGAAGCCCACAGUUUUCUUGAGAAGAAGCUCAAGAAGAGACAAAACUUUGACUAUAAUGAGACCAUUAGGACUGCAAUCACUUGCUUGUCCACUAUACUCUCAGCAGACUUCAAGGCUUCCGAGCUAGAGAUUGGUAUUGUAGAUAAAGAUCACCCAGAAUUCAAGAUUCUUUCCAAUGAUGAUAUUGAUGCACAUUUAUCAGCCAUAGCAGAAAGAGACUAAAGAGACUAAGACUGACUUACUUUGGCUGGAACCUAUGGUGUUCAUUUCAUUCUGCUUUUUUGUUCAGGUUAGUGAACAAGCAGUAAGACUAUUCUGUGUUCAUGUUUCUCACUAAUCAGCUGAAGUUGUUGUAAAAUGGGAAAAUCGGUACAAAGCCAUGUCAUUACAAUCGAAUAUUGGUUUUGGGCUAUUUAAAUUUUUCCAAUAUUAUUGAGCGAUUAUAGUUAUUCAUCUGACGAAGCCCGUGAAAUGUAAAGCUUAUGUAUGUUCAACUGCUAAACAGUUUUAUGUAUGAGACAACAGCUGGAUCAGAAUAAUCGCAUAUACUGUUGAAGCAGAGCCAGUAUAUUUAAGGAAUCAACUUCACUUGAUCAUUCAUUUGAAUUUGUCAUCGAUACUGCAUUUAACACAGACUCUAAUAUUUAUUUGACAUGAAUUCUUAAAGUAACUAGUUCAGGACAGACAGUUCCCCACUUGUCAGUCGAUACAUAAUUUUGCCUCAUUUCUGUGUUAUUUGAUUGUAAAGCUCAUUACUAUAAUAGUGUUGCGUGCGACAAGAUCUCCAAUAUUUUGUGGUAACUCGGAUGCCUCAAAAUUGUAAACUGUGCAUUGCACGUAUUUCAAAACAUGAUAAUAAACUCAAAGAUUAAACAGUCUUUGUAUAGAAACUUAUUUCAUUGUCUCAUUGAAACCGGAACAAUGUUGAUGUCAAUUUAAAGAUUUCACUUAAAGUGGAACCUGUGAGGAAAGUUAUGGAUAGCUUUAAAUAUAUCAUUACAAUCCAAAAAUGUGAAAAAUACUACUGUGCUUGUUUAGUAGUUGGUAGGAUAAUGUUGCUAGAGCAAUGUCCCCCAUCACCUACUUAUUGCUAAUAUUCUGAUAUUCCAUGUCCUUUUUAUAUUUCUGAGUACGUGUAGUGUAAGUUUUAUUGGUAUAUUGGGGACUGCCUUAUUAAAAAUCCAUUCCCAUUAAUUGAUUAUAGUUAUUACUUCAGUUAUUUUCCCUAUUUUCAGUGUUUUCCUUCUACAUGUUGAAAACUUUCACACUUAGUCAACUGAUCUGCUAUGUCUUUAAAUUUUUUACCAUUGCCCUCAUUUGCAGAAUAAUUAUAAGGUAUAUUUCUAUUAACGAGUCUGUGCCAAAAGUCA